ACGGGGUGAGUUUGGUUGCGCCGUACUCACAGUGCCCUCGGCUAGGGGGAGGAGGCAGAGGAGGGAGUCGAACGGACAGAGCGGGAAGAGCCCGGUCUCUCCGUCCGAGUCCUGGAGCUGACACGCGGCGUCGGCUGGAGCUGUCAGCUUUCUGGGUGUUCUGUGUCGCCUGAGGUUCCCCACGUAAACGUCCCUGUGAGAUCGAGAAAGGGAAAAUGGAGGAGGGUGGCGGCCGCAGCGACGGCGGUGGCGGUGUCAGCGCCGCGGGGACCAGCGCGGACGGAGGGGACCAGCUCUUAACUGUCAAACACGAGCUGCGGACCGCUAAUUUAACAGGACAUGCGGAGAAAGUGGGAAUUGAAAAUUUUGAACUUCUGAAGGUUCUAGGAACAGGAGCCUAUGGAAAAGUAUUCCUGGUUCGUAAAAUAAGUGGUCAUGAUGCUGGAAAGCUGUAUGCUAUGAAAGUUCUGAAAAAAGCCACCAUUGUUCAGAAAGCCAAGACAGCAGAGCACACAAAGACAGAGCGGCAGGUGCUGGAACACAUCAGGCUCUCGCCCUUUCUGGUUACACUGCAUUAUGCUUUCCAGACAGAGACCAAGCUGCAUCUCAUUCUAGAUUACAUAAAUGGUGGAGAACUUUUUACUCACCUUUCUCAAAGAGAACGUUUCACGGAAAAUGAAGUGCAGAUAUAUAUUGGGGAAAUUGUGCUUGCCCUUGAACACCUCCAUAAGUUGGGUAUUAUAUACCGUGACAUUAAACUAGAGAAUAUUCUACUUGAUAAUAAUGGCCAUGUGGUGCUGACAGAUUUUGGUCUAAGUAAGGAAUUCCUUGCUGAUGAAACUGAACGAGCAUAUUCCUUUUGUGGAACAAUAGAAUAUAUGGCACCUGAUAUUGUCAGAGGAGGAGAUGCAGGACAUGAUAAGGCAGUUGACUGGUGGAGUUUAGGUGUUCUUAUGUAUGAAUUAUUAACUGGAGCGUCUCCGUUUACUGUUGAUGGAGAGAAAAAUUCCCAAGCUGAAAUAUCUAGGAGAAUAUUAAAAAGUGAACCUCCAUAUCCCCAAGAAAUGAGUGCUUUAGCUAAAGAUAUAAUUCAGCAUCUCUUGAUGAAAGAUCCUAAGAAAAGAUUGGGUUGCGGUCCACGAGAUGCAGAUGAAAUCAAAGAGCAUCCCUUCUUUCAGAAAAUAAAUUGGGAUGAUUUAGCUGCCAAAAAAGUGCCAGCACCAUUUAAACCAGUAAUCCGGGAUGAGUUAGAUGUCAGUAAUUUUGCAGAGGAGUUUACAGAAAUGGAUCCCACAUAUUCUCCUGCGGCUCUGCCUCAGAGUUCAGAGAGGCUAUUUCAGGGGUAUUCUUUUGUUGCUCCUUCUAUCUUAUUUAAACGUAAUGCAGCUGUCAUAGAUCCUCUUCAGUUUCACAUGGGAAUUGAACGUCCAGGAAUAACAAAUGUCGCCAGGAGUGCAAUGAUGAAGGACUCUCCAUUUUAUCAGCACUAUGACCUAGAUCUUAAAGACAAACCUUUGGGAGAAGGAAGUUUUUCAAUUUGUCGAAAAUGUUUACAUAGGAAAAGCAACCAAGAAUAUGCAGUCAAAAUAAUAAGCAAAAGAAUGGAAGCCAACACUCAGAAAGAAAUAACAGCUUUGAAACUCUGUGAAGGACACCCCAAUAUAGUGAAGUUGUAUGAAGUUUAUCAUGAUCAGCUUCACACAUUUCUGGUGAUGGAACUUCUGAAUGGGGGAGAGCUCUUUGAACGAAUUAAGAAAAAGAAACACUUCAGUGAGACUGAAGCCAGUUAUAUCAUGCGGAAGCUUGUUUCAGCUGUAAGCCACAUGCAUGAUGUGGGAGUGGUACAUAGAGAUCUGAAGCCUGAGAAUUUAUUGUUCACUGAUGAAAAUGAUAAUUUGGAAAUUAAGGUAAUUGAUUUUGGAUUUGCACGUUUAAAGCCACCUGAUAAUCAGCCUCUUAAAACACCGUGCUUUACCCUUCAUUAUGCUGCUCCAGAGCUCUUAAAUCAUAAUGGCUAUGAUGAAUCUUGUGAUCUGUGGAGCUUGGGAGUCAUUUUGUAUACAAUGCUGUCAGGACAGGUUCCAUUCCAGUCUCAUGACAAAAGUUUAACUACCAGUGCAGUAGAAAUCAUGAAAAAAAUUAAAAAAGGUGAUUUCUCUUUCGAAGGCGAAGCCUGGAAGAAUGUAUCCCAGGAAGCCAAAGAUCUAAUUCAAGGACUUCUUACAGUGGAUCCCCAUAAGAGACUUAAAAUGUCUGGCUUGAGAUACAAUGAAUGGCUUCAAGAUGGCAGUCAGCUAUCUUCAAAUCCUUUGAUGACUCCAGAUAUACUAGGAUCUUCAGGAGCUGCUGUGCAUACCUGUGUAAAAGCAACAUUUCAUGCCUUUAACAAGUACAAGAGGGAGGGGUUCUGCCUUCAGAAUGUUGAUAAGGCUCCUCUUGCAAAGAGAAGGAAAAUGAAGAAAACCAGCACAAGUACGGAGACACGCAGCAGUUCAAGUGAAAGUUCUCAUUCUUCUUCCUCUCAUUCUCAUGGUAAAACUACACCAACAAAGACACUGCAGCCAAGCAAUCCCGAUAGCAAUAAUCCAGAGACCAUCUUCCAGUUCUCUGACUGAAGAAUGCCACAACGGUGGGCAUGGAGUUGGUGAUACACCGCGCCUUCACUUCCCCUGGUUUAGAACUGAGAGAUGCUUACUGGUUUAAAAGUACCUGCCAUGUCUUCUUACUCUCAUUUGAAUUCUGCCUUUUAAUGAAUUUCUUCUAAAUAACCCAUUUGGUUUGUCCUUGUCCAGUUAUUCUGGACACAGUAUAUUACUGUGAAUAGAGCUAGUGUUAACACUGUUUGGAAAUCAAGAAUAAUAUCUAUCAACAGUACUUUUCUUAAAAGAGCAAAGCUUUCAGUAAAUUUAACUAGAGAUUUUCCCCAACUGUUUAGCUUUGAGCUGCUUACAAAAUAUGUCUUAGUUUUUUUAGAUGUCUGCUAACAGGAAUUGGCCUGUGCUAAGAUGACCGUUUGUUUCCAUUUUGGAUGGCAUGGGGUUUAAAAGAAAACUUUGCACCCUUUGCUCAAUGACUUACCAGUGAAGGUGGUUGGUUUUUUCAUAAGGAAUUUGUGAUAAAUUUAAUGUGUUAAAUAUGUUUGUUUCUUGAGGGAAGGUUUUAACUUAUUGUUUCCAGUUUAUGGUUACAGAUGAUGAUAACCUAUUAAUGUAAAUCUUUUUCUUUUUAAAAAGGAUUAAAAAACAUAAGAUCCCACAGUAUGUGUUUGGGAUCCAUGUGAAAUGCAUGUUAAGCUAUGUACGUUUUUAAUUACACACUGCUCUUUCCUAGCAAUGUUUUAAUGGUUAUUGAAAAAUGUUAGGGUACAUUUAUCUCUUUUCUAAGUCAUAUUGCACUUUAUGAAGGAGUAUGAUGAAAGAAAGCAGACUGUUUUAUAAAGUGCACAGCUUAUAGCACAUGUACUGUAUUUUAACCAUUUUUUCCAUUAUCUACUUUAAAUUACUCCUCACAUCCCUCUUCUACUUUGUAUGCAACAAAUAGAAUAGGCCUGGCUAUAUGAUGAAAUCAUAUGCCACUUAUGCACUGAUGUGAGGACAAACUAAAGGGAAAUUUUACUAAACACUGUGCUUCAUAACUGUACACUGUGUUGUGCUACAGGGAGGGAUUUCCUCUUCUGGUAGUUUAUUAUGUAUAUAAUUAUUUUAGCAUCCUAAAUGUGAUUUGUUUUGAAACAUUACAGUUGUUAACUUUUAAAUAUGAAAAACAUUUUAUAAACUUAUGCAGAGCACUUUUAUUGCUCAAGUUCUGAACUCAUAUGGAAAUCUUAAGUGCUAACUUUUUGUCUAAGAAGUUUCAUUAAGAGCUUGCUGCAUUUUAAAAUUAAAUAAAUCCAUUCCCUAUGCAAAAAAACAACAACAAAAAGGUUAUAGGAAGUGUAGAUUAGUUUUUAUUUUACAGAAAUCACAGGGAGUUGUAAGGACUCUGAAAAUCAAGAUUAGCCACAUUUACAAGAAUAUGUGUAGUAAAGCCAAGACUAAGUUUCUUUUGUGGUUUUAAUCAGUGAUAACCUUUUGAAUAUUUGGGAAAGGAUUUGGGCAUGAACUUACUUUAUUUAUUACUUUCUUGAUGGUAACAUCAAAGAUAAUAGCAGCAUUAACUUUAGCCUGAUGUGAAUACUGAAAUAUUGCACUGUGUAUGUAGUAAAAUAUUUAAUAUUAAAUCAUUAUGUAAUUGAUGUCACUGGGAAUUAAAUGGCCAACAUUGAUAUUUUCAAAA